AUGGCAGAGCUCUUCAAAGGCUACGAAAAUGAUUUCUCGAAAUACAUUGCAAGUGCCAACAAAAAGAUAGCGCUACUCCCUUCAGCCCCAAAACCAGACGCAAUCCUGGCAGAGGCUAGGCACGAUAUUCAAGAUGCAGAGCAUUGGCUCCGACAAAUGGAAAGUGAAAUUCUAACGAUGCCAGCUCAGUUAUCAUCCCAAUAUCAGCCUCGUCUUAAAAGACAUCAAGAAAAUUUAUUCUUUUUUGUAUAAAUCCACUAUUAAAAUCUUAUUUUUUCCUAUAAAAUCUUUUUUUCUUUUUUAUUCCUUAAUUAGCACUAAUCCUAUAUUGCAACUUAAAAAAUCCCUAAGCUCUGAACAAACUCGCAAGAACAAAGUUGAUUUAAUGGGGAAAACAGGCCCUGAUUCAAGAGAAAAGCUUCUCAAUUCAAAUGAAAUUCUCCAAGAAAGCGGCGACACACUUGAAAGAACUUACAGGCUCGGACUUGAAAGCGAACAAAUAGCUAGCGACGCUCUUGGAAAUUUAAAAGGCCAAAGAGUUCAAAUACAGAAAAUAAAUGAAAAAGUGAAUGAUGUCGGAAGCAACGUGAACAAGGCUAAUAGGGUUAUUGGGUCUAUGAAUCGAAGAAGAAUAUGAAUGAAAAUUAUAAUGCUCAUAAUUAUUGUACUUUUGAUGGUUGCGUGUGCGGUGGCUCUAUACAUCAAAGUUGGAUAG